AUGAAGGACAUUGUGUCUAACAACAGCACAACUAGCAUCUCUCAAGCACGAAAUGCGGUAGAGCAACUCAAGAUGGAAGCUUGCAUGGACAGAAUAAAGAUAUCCAAAGCUGCAGCAGAUUUGAUGGCCUAUUGCGACGCCCAUGUCCGAGAAGAUCCACUUAUACUUCCAGUGCCUGCCUCAGAAAACCCAUUUAGGGAGAAGAAAUUCUUUUGUACUAUUCUUUAA